CUCUUGCACGCUACUGUCGCUAACAUAUCGUGCCUUCAGUUGGUACCGGUACACACAUCUGCGUCGCGGCGCCUGGCGAAAUGGCCGACGGGAGUUUUGCAAGCCGAGUGAAGCAGGCACCCCUUGACGCUAUGCUAGCGCCAAAGCAGAAUGCCGGGACGUCAAGGGCCAAGGAGGUGGAUAAACCAGUGGCACCCUGGGCAAAUGCAAGGCUCCUCGCUUUGUUGCUCAUCGUUUACUAUGUCGUCAUGAUGGUGCUGAUGGAGAGGCGGCUGCACUGGAUGCCGCCCGUCCGCAACGCCACUGCAGCACCCGAGUUCUUCAGUGAGGAGAGGGCGUGGGCGCACAUGCAGGCCCUGGCGGGGGACCUGCCAGACCGCCAGAUCUCCAUGCCGCAGCUGCGCCUGGCUCACGAUUAUGUGGAGGCGCAGGGCCGACUGCUGCAGCAGCUGGCGGCGGCGCGGGGCGGGGACGUGGAGGUGCAGGUGUAUCGUGAGAACGUAACGGGCAGUGUGGCAAUGGACUUUGGCGGCGUGGCAUUCACCAACGCCUACAACAGCCUCACCAACAUCGUCGUCACCAUCACGCCCGCCGGCACAGCCGGGCGGCCGGGCCUGCUGAUCGCCGCCCACCACGACUCGGCGGUGGCCUCGCCGGGCGCCUCUGAUGACGUGGCCAUGGUGGCGGUCAUGCUGGAGGCGGCACGUGCGCUGCUGGCCCGCCCACCCGCCUCGCUGCCCGCGGUGCCGCUUGUGCUGCUGUUUGACGGCGGCGAGGAGUCUAUAUGCCAGGCCGGACACGGCUUCUUCAACGCCAGCACGCACGCGCGCGGUCUGGGCGCCUUUAUAAACCUGGAGGCCAUGGGUGCGGGCGGCCUGCCCAUCCUGUUCCAACACACGGGCGCAUGGACGGUGGCGGCGUGGGCGUCUGGGGCGCCCAACGCACACGGGGCGCGCAUCGCACAGGACAUAUUCGACACGGGCCUCAUCCCCGGGGACACCGACUACCGCAUGUUCAGUGCGAGGCACUUCGGAACACUGCCUGGACUGGACAUUGCGUUCAUCCGCGACUCGGUCGCCUACCACUCCUCCCUGGACUGCGUGGACCGAGUGCGCCGUGGCUCGCUGCAGGACAUGGGCGAGGCUCUGCUGGGCGGGCUCAUGAGUGUGGCUGCGGCCAUGGCGGCGGACACGGACGGCAAGCUGCGCACCCGGGAGGCCAUACAGGAGCGCGCCGUGUACUUUGACCUGAUCGGCGGCGGCAUGGUCCACUACACCGACUCCACCGCCCGCCUGCUGCACACCGCCCCCCUGGCGCUGUUCAUCAUGCUGCCGCUGGCAUCCGUGGCCGGAGGCCAGACGGCGGCGGGCGUGAUGCAGCGCAUGGCGGGCGCCGCGGUGCGCGCACUGAGCGCCUUUGUGGGGGCGCUGGCGGCGCCGGCACUACUGGGCGUGGCGCGGGUGCUGCUGACAGGUGUGUCUAUGGCCUGGUUCGCGCACCACUGGCUGGCCUACCUCAUGUACCUUCCCAUUGCCGCCGCCUUCGCGCUGCGGCCCUGGAUGCGGCUGCGGGACGAGGCCAUGCGGCUGCGGCCGGGGCAGCAGGGGCACCACGUGGCGUGCCAGGUGUACGGCGUGGGUCUGCUGCUGUCGGCGCUGGCCGCGGGGCUGUGUGUGGCGGGGCUGCAGGGCUUCAGCCAGAUCUUCGCCAUGGGCGGCAUGCUGGGCUUCGCGGUGGGCAGCGUGCUGGAUAACGGCGCGCCCACCCUGACGCCGCUGGCUGCCGCGGGCGUGCUGGCUGUGUCCACCGCGCCGCUGGCGGCCAUGGGCGCCAUACUGGGCACCUUCCUGGACGUCAUGAUGGAGCGGAUGGCCAUAACAGGCCACCACUCCACGCUGCUGGCGGACGGGCUGAUCGGCGUGCUGACCGGCUCAGCCGCCCUGGGCUACAGCUGCUGUUGCCUGCUGCCGCUCAUGGGCUACGCCCUGGGAGGCCUCCUGGGCAACGGCCCCACCGUCUUCGCCGACGCCGACACACACACCGGCGCCUUCAGGACGACUCAGCAGCCCCGCGGUGGUGCCCGGGCGCCGGAGGGGCGGGAGUGGUCGUCACGCAAGGCGGUGUUGGGGCUGCUGCUGGCGACGUCGCUGGGGGCGGUGGUGUGGGUCAGCGUGGCUGGCGGCGCGGGCGACGGGUUUGAGCCGUACGAUGAGUCCAACCCGCGCCGCGUCACCAUCACACACCUGCACGAGACCGGCUCGUGGCUGCCCGAGGAUGACGAGUUCCCCGCCACUGCGGCGCGGGCGGUGGCUGCGGCUGUGGCGGCCUCGCUGCUGCACCCCGCGGCCGCCGCCUCCGCCGCGCAGGUCCAGGAGCCGCCGACCUCACCCGAGGAGGAGCGCCGGGAGCUACGGCCUCUGGUGUCGCCGCCGCCGCGUGUCGUCGCCAAGUGGGCUUUGGGCAUCACCGACAGCAAUCCCUGGGAACAGAUCCUGCGCGCCCUGCCCGCCGCCGCCAACGCCGCCGCCAACGCAUCGCGGGGCGGCGGCGCCGCCGGCCUGCUGGAGACCGCGCCGCUGACGCUGCCGUACGUUGUACGGCAGUCAGCCGUACGGCACGGCGAGGCGGCGGCGCUGCCGUACGAGUACGCGUCCUUCCACCCGCUGGACCGGCUGCUGGGCAAGCUGGUGCUGGCGGCGGAGCCGGCCGCGGAGCCGCCAGUGGCGGUGCCGCCCUACGUGCGCCUGUUGGGCGAGGAGGUCAUCACCGCGGAGGACGGCUCCUGCCCGUCACCCGAUGCCGCCGGCACCACCACCAGCAGCGGCACGGCCGGCAGCGGCGAGGCCGGCAGCUGCAAUGCGGACGGCGCGUCGCGGCGGCGCCGGCUGCACCUGCGUGUGUUCACCGAGGCCCACUGCUGGGCCAUGCUCAACAUCACCACAGCCAAGCCCAUCCGCCGCUGGUCGCUGCCGUCGCAGCCGGUGGCGGCGCCGCUGCAGCAGCCCGGCGGCGGCGCCGUCAGCGGCUACUUCCACAUGGUGCGUUUCAGCCAUGAAUCGGAGUCUCCAUUCUGGGAGCUGUGGAUUGACGUGGAUAUGGAGGAGGGAGGUGCGGAGGGGCAGGCGGGUGGUGCGGCGGCGGCGGCGUGGGCGAGUGUGGAGCUGAGUGCCACCUAUCUGAGCCUGACGCGGGAGCUGAUCGCGAUGCGCGACGCGCUGCCCAAGUGGGUGCUGCCCACCUGGAUUGGCACCACCUACCACUCCGCGUACGUGUUCUGAAUUGUGGACUGCGGUGGUAGACCAGGGGAUUGUGGGCUGGGGGUAGCGUGCGAUGGAUUUGAGGAGUUGAAUGGUAUUUGGGGAUAGGGACCGCGGGCGGGCGGGGCGCCCCUGCCGCGGGCGGGCAGGGGCAGGUGAUGCGGGUGAUGCGAGUCCACGCGUGCGGUUGGAACAGGGGUUGGGAGCUCCUGUGACCGCUAGCAGUGACGCACGUGUGCUGGGUCUACUGGAGUCUGGAGGUUUUACUUCUGAGAUUUUACCGUAGUGCGCAACGGUCGUGGGAUUUCGGAUGGGAGCGCCCCGGCAUGCAUGUGCGGUCCUAGCGGUUAGCAUCUGCUCAGGGGUAAUGCAUGUACUGUUAUCAGGGCUGGCUGUUCCGAUUGUCGCCUGUGCUAGGCGUAGACCGAACACAGUGUUGCUUCGUGUGGGAGCACGGCGAGUGCGAGAGAACCUCGGAUGGUCGGAUGCCCCCGGUCGGCUGGACAGUGACAGUCCACUGACGUGGGUGGAGCUGUAUUGAAACUGUUUUGC